AUCAGAUUUCUUGGUUACAUAUCGCCAAGCCAUCAUUCUUCCCUAACUUCAACACUCAUACAGGUUCCAAACAUAGUUCUUUCCCCCAAGAUAGCCUUUUAGUUCUUACUCUUUGACUUCAUUCCUCUCAAACAAAGCCACCUAUACUGCCUGGGCUGAUGGUAUCCCCUAACCUGAAGAUCCCACAUGAAUCACAGAAGCCCCAGCAUGUCCCAGAUACAUCUUGGGGGAAAUACUACACUUUGCUGUUUAUUCACAUCACCCUAGAAGAGCCCCACAGCUUGCAGAACAGAUCAUGGCUCAUUUCUGCAGAGCUGCUCUUGGUAAGCCUUCUCCAACAUUUGCCUUAUGUAUUAGCUAUGACCGUGUGCCCUCCUUUCUGGGCUUUCUCCUUUUGCUUUCUCUGAGUGCUGUGACUAACAGAAAAUGACCUGAGGUUGGAGAUAGGACUCCUAGACUCAGUUCUUGAACCCACCUUUCCUUUUUUAGGAAAAUGGCGACCACAUCAUCUUCCCUCGUUGUGUGCUCUCUUCCCUACUGUCCACGUCCUUGACACUCCACAUACCCCCUCCCUGGCACAAGCUUGGACCUAAUAUUAUUAUUGCUCUUUUAUAUAUGGAGCCAUGAAGUCCCCUUGUGGAGGCAAAGGAACAUCCCUUUACAAUUACAUUCUUUACAGUCUAUCAGCAUGUCCAUAUUCAUAAUGGUUAGGAGCUUGUUUUCAGGCUCCGGGCAUGGCUCCUUUACUCCCUAGCUACAUAACCUCCAGCACAUUUUUAACCCCUCUAAUUCUCAGCUUUCUUAUAUGCAACAUAAUGAUAAUAGUAGUGCUUUCCUUAAGGGAUACUGAGAAGAUUAAAAAGAUAAGGUUAAGCACCCGGCUGCUAACCCACAAGGUUGGCAGUUCAAACCCACCAGUGGCUCUGUAGGAGAUAAGACCUAGAAAUUUGGUCCCAUAAAGAUUAUAUCCUAGGAAACCCUAUGGGGCAGUGCUACUCUGUCCUGUAGGGUCACUGUGAGUCAGAAUCAACUCCUCAGCAAACAACAACAUAUAUAUAUAUAUAUUACUUAGAACUGGUGUAUUGCAUGUGAUAAGUAUUUAAUGUAUUUAGCUGUUAUGUUUAUCAAUGGCAUACAUUUUUAGAAGACAGAAACAUGUGCAACUGAAAUGUCACCUGGGUCCUCCACCCUUUGUCUAUCUGAUCACACCUGGCCAAAGUCCCAGCUCUACAGCCUUUGGCAGCCCGAGGUCCUCCCCAUGAUUUCCACCAGUUCUAGACUUAAAUCUUUAGGCUUCUUUCCACCUCUGUGCUAUCAGAUCUUGCUCAGCCACAUCACCCCAAGUCACAGAGCUCAACCCCUUCGCCAAUUACUACACAGAACAUUUAUGACUUUAUGGGCUUUACUGAAGAAUUUGAGGGAGGGAGAGGAGUGUUACAGAGAAAGUCAGCUCAUGUAGCAUUCUGAUGUUUCUCUGGUCUCUUCCUUUCCUCUCCCUGCUCCUUUUCCAGAGCCACGAACACAUUAUACUUAUGCCAGGCUUCUUGUGCCUCAUCUUCCAACUGUAAUUAUUUAGUGGGGCAUUUUUCUAAACAAACAUGGUUUUAUUCCUUAGAGGAAUUCUGUUACCAUCCCCUAAGAAGAUAGGAACCUCUUCUUCUAGGUUUAGGUUCAUAGCUUCAUGGAACUGUCCGGUCAAUGGGCCUAAUAUCUUUAAAGUUUCUGUUCCAACUCCUCAUUCAGUAAAUAGUGCCUGGGAUCUUAAAAGCUUGGGAGCGGUCAUCCAAAAUACAAUAAUUGCUCUCUAUUUGCCUGGAGCAGCAGAGGAAGAAGACCCAGGAAUCUGACAAGGAACUGGACUGCAGGUCUAAUUGUCUCCAUGAGACCAGAAGAAGUAGAUGGUAUCUGGCUAUGAUUACUGAAUGUUUUGAUCAAGGACUUCAUAAAUAAAUCUUGAUCAAAAUGGGGGCAGGAAAUGUGGGACAGAAUUUAAAAUUCUUAUGGAACCAGAUUUACUGGAUCCGUUGAAACUGGAGGAAACCCUGAAUCUAUUGCCCUCAGAAAAUCUUGAACCAAGAAAAUAUCCCCUGAAGUCAUUUUUAAGCUAAACAACAGUUUAGCUAAAUUAGCAAAGCAUGUUUGCCUUGAGCAUUGUGCUGUUUUAAAGUAUUACCUAGUAUGAGAUCAAAUCGACAACAGUAACUCUAAAGCACAGACGAGAAGUUUAGGGCGUAGUAAACCUAAGUCAAUGGUGCUGAAACAAUAGGGGUAGAGAUAGUGAGAAUGAUGACACAACGUGAAGAAUGUAACCAAUGUCAUUAAAUUGUACAUGUAGAACUAGUUGAAUGGAUGUGUAUAUUUUCAUCAAGAAAAGGAAGGAAGGAAUGAAGGAAGGAGAGAGGGUUUUAGUGGCCUGGAGGACAUGGACUGUUAAACAUACGCCCGCCAAUUCCCCUGAAAUGGCAGUCUGAGCCACGAAGGAGGUUUGGAUGGUUUUUACUGUUCUUGAAGAGAAGCAGUUGCUUUCCCCACAUCACAGACCUGAGAUUUUGAUGGUGGGAUUUGGUAACCCAUUUGUAUAGAGCUGCUACAGUGACUUUCUGAUCAAAUAAGGAAAGGAGAGGUGGACAAUUUCUUUUUUUUAUGGCUUGUUUCCAGGCAUAGAAAACAAGCAAACAAAGCCUAUGACAAGGUUGACCCAUUCAUGAGAAGGUGGUUAAGUAAAAAAUGUAUACAUGUGCAGCAGAUACUAUAGCUGCCCUGGGGGGGACCAGGAGCUCAUAAUGCUGGAGCCCACAAUGAGGGCUGUGGCCAUGGUGAGGAACAUUCAGAAGCAGGGGAUGCUCACACAAUCUACCACAAAGUGACUGAGCCUGUUGGAGACACUGUACCAAAUGUACCUCAGCUCUUCGUUCCUGUAAGUGGUAUUCUCUUCUCACACCAUUGCCAGAAAAGCUGUUUUCUGUACCCAAAAUGCUUCUCAUUCCCUCUUGCUUCUUCUCUCUUCUUAUCUGCCCUUUGAAAUCCUCAUUCUCCUGCGUGUGAACCCCUUCUGUGAAGGCUUCCUAGAUCUCCUCUUGCCUACAGUCAGAAUGAAUGGCCCUGUUCUUGCUGCUUGGAUGGCAGUGGGAAGCCUUCUCCUUCAGGCUUCGAGAGAGCCCUGUGCAACUGUCUUACCUGCCUUUCAAUACACUCUCAGCCCUGGCUAGUAACUUAGACAGUGUCUGGAACCCAGUAAAUUUUCUAGAUAUCUUUUAGAAAUCCAACAUGUAAUUAUGGAAGUUCACUGUGAUUCUGAAGUUAAGGAGAAUCUGAUUCAGCUACAAGUCUGGUUGCUCAAGAUGAUGGUAUGCGUUAUAGGCAAUUUGCUCUCUUGGAGCUUCAAUUUCCCCCUUGUGGAUAGGGAAGAUCUCAAGAAAGCGUUUCUGUGGAUCCUUUUUAUUUAAAAAAAAAUCUAUUCUUAUACAACUACUUGCUUUCUGUUCCCCAUGCUGCUGUAAGUCAUGGGGAAAGUGAUGUAGAUUCUCAUUUUAUCCUAGACAACUGGGGCAUCAAGAAGAACCAGAAAUGCCCCCACUGAACAAAGAAUUAUUUGGGAAAGGAGAAGCGGGGCAGACUUCUGGAAGUCAUCUAAUCUAAACUCCUUCUCAUGGAAAAAAGUAUUUCCUUGAGCAUUUGUGGAAAAUAUCUCAUGCAGACAACCCAUCCCGUUGUUGGAUACUUAUUGCUAGAUGACUUUUCCUCCCAUUGAAUUCAACUGUCUGUGUGAAACUCACUCACUGGUGCUAGAAAUGCCUUUUGAGACUUUCUAAAAUAAUGACUAUUUUUAAAUAUGACUUCCAUCAAAUGUAGGAGACCACCCCACCCCAUUAUUCUCUGAUCUAGACUAAACAUAAAGAGCUGUUUCCCCACUUCCUUGCAUGAGAUGGUGUGUCAAAUGCUCUUCCUUUCUGGCUUUUUACUUCUAUAUAAAUGGAUUUGUUGCCAUCUUAAAAUGUCAUGGUCGGAAGUAGACAUAACUCUCCACAAGAAACAAGAGGGCUUUAGUUGGUGGUUCCCAGCCUUUUCGUCACUCUGGACCACAUCUUCCCCCUCUCCAAAUGGACCUUUUGUUUUGAAAUAUUUUGCUAAUUAAAUAUAAGUAAAGCCAAUCUACAAAUCCUUAAGUCUGAGUUCCUAAACAAGGCUUUCAAGGCCCCAGAACGCUAUGCAGUUUGCCUCUGGUCUACCCUUCCAGCUUUGCUUCCCACCAUUCUCUCUAUUUUACCAUCACUCUCAUUCAGCUGACUUUACCUUUUCUUCUGAAAACACACCCUUCCCUUUCAUCUCUCAUACUUUUGUUUUUGCUGCUUGCUCUCCAGCUUCCCCUGCUUCUCCUUCAAGGCUACUUCUUCCAAGAAGCAUCUCAUGUCAAGUGGCUGUCCAGCUUGUUUAAACACUUACAGAGAUGGAGAACUCCGUUUCUCUUGAAGUGGCCUGUUCUGCUUGCUUCAAGAACAUUAUACCAUUGCAACAUGAACCAACAAAGGCCUCAAGUUUGACAAGCUAAAGGUGCUUUUCUUCCAGUUCAGAGCAUCCUGAUGAAGUCAUAAUUGCCUGCUGUAUGGGAAACAAACAAAACAAACAAAAAACCCUCUUAUGUCCCAGAAGCCAGAAGCUAGUGAAAUUGGGUGCUUGAAAUCUGUCUAUUCUGAGACACUGUUCUUGGGUAGCAGUUUUAAGCAGGACUUAGCCCUUUUCCGAAGUUGUGAAUACUCAGGUGUUUCCUACUUUGUUCCCCGUGAUUCAGACAAGCUGCAAUCUCCUGCAUGCUUUUUCUACAAGACUGAGCUCUCCUAAACCUCAUUUGCCAAGUUCCUUCAGUCCCAGCAAAAUCAACAGACCCUACUUUUCUUCUCUUUUCAGUUUCUAACUCUUCCCGAGCAUGCACACACCCAUACACACACACAUACUCAAACACACACACCUCCUAGAGCUUCAGCCUGGUACAUCAUCUUAAUGUGGUUGCUUAGUAACUAUAUGCUUAGCAACCCGUAAGGGAAGUGUGAUCACACCUCCCAGCACUGUACAUGGAGCACUGCAGACAAUACAAACAGUUCUCUGGUUUCUCUCUGCAACUAGGGAAAGGUAACCGUCAGAGGUGGCCAGCAUUAUGCUCCAGAGACACUGGCUCAUCAUCCGGGGGCCCAAAAUGGUUGCUGCUUUGCUUUUCCUUGGCAUUGGGUAAUGUCUUUGUGGGGGCGGAUGGGUAGGUGGUUCUCGAAGGGCCGGAUCUCUCUGCUUGCACUUAUUCUCAGGAUGCCUGUGAUGCAGGCAGGGCAGCUUGCAGAAUCCUCUCUGCUCCCACGCAGCUCUGCCCUUCACCAAGCCCCGCUCCCCCCACCGCCGCCUUCCCCACAGCCUCUUUCAUUUGGAGGCUGUGCUUCUGUGCUCUGGCACUGCUCUUUGUCUCCACCUUGCAGCCCUCCUGUUCAUCCAGUCCCAGGUCUCUCUGCUUUGAAUACCACUCCAUGUUGCUGUACAGCCCCAGGUUCCUAAUUUCUGUGCAUGUCCCUCCUCUGUCCCUGGCUCUAGCAUUCAUGUCUGUCCCAGCCUUGGACCAAUGGGCCAGACACCAAACAGACCUGGGCUGAGGCCCACUGCCUGCACUACAUGAGUAUCCUGAUCAAAUCAUUGUAAUUUAAGGUUAAAGCAUUGGGCUGCUAAAUGAAGGUUGGAGGUUCAAGUCCACCCAGAGGUAUCUCAGAAGAAAGGCCUGGCAGUCUACUUCUGGAAAACCAGCUAUUGAAAACCCCAUAGAGCAGAGUUCUACGCUGACACACAUGGGUUGCCAUGAGUCGGAGUCAAUUCGACAGCAACUGGUUUUUUCCCUGGGUGUCGUGUAGCAUAAAACAGGAGAGAAGGCAACAGUGUGGAGACCGAAGACACACGUUCCAAUCCCAGGUCUUUUGUUGUUUUGACUAUGUGAUAUCCUUUCAGUUGUUGUUGACUAUGUGAUUUAGGUCAAGUUUCUCUAAUCUCUCUCUUUACUUUCUAAGGAGAUGGGAUUAUUUACCUCAGGGGGCUGUUAUGAAAAUUAUAUGAAGUAACAAAUAGAAAGAAGCUAGCAAAAUGCAUGGCAUGCAGUCGCAGACCUCUAACUGUUCUCUCCUUCUAGCUUUAGCUCUUUAGUCUUCCUUUCAAACCUGCUAAAGCCAGGUUUCUGGUUGAAAUCUCAAGAGGCAGUGCAGAGCAAUGACAGCAAUGCUGGCCUGGGAGCUGGGAGCUCUCAGGUCUGCCUCUGCCGCUUUGUAACUCUACACUCAUCAGCCCCGAGGUUCGAGGUUCGUGUCAUUCACCUGUAAGAUAGGGCUAAGAACACCUGACGGGUCUAAUGUACAGAGUUGCUGUAGGUUCAAAGGGGAUAAAGUAUCAAAGUUGUUCUUUACACAUUUCAAGGAGGCGUUUUACAAAUUUCAGGUAAGAAUUUAUGGAUAAACUGGGUCCCAGUUCCCCACUUGUAAAAUGAAGGAGAUAGAUUGCAAAAUGUCUAAAGUUUCCUUAAAGCUUGAAAUUGUAGCAAACUGAGAUGAUAGUCACUUGCCCUUCAAGCCCCUCAGGCGGAGAGGACCAAUCCUUCAUUACAGACCAUUUGUCUUGUAGUUGUAAAAACAGAUUGCAGUCAUACUUCUACUCUCCAUUCCCUGGGGCCCCAUGAGCAAGCCUGUUGGUUAUUAUCUAGUCAGAAUCUCAGCUCAGGAACAUUGUAGAGGCUUCUUCUAGUUUGGGCUUGGGGAUGUGUAUAGCUCUGUCCUUUCAGUAAAGAAAACAAAUGAGUCAGAACAUGCCCAAAGCGUGAUAGAGAUAUUAGGGAAGCAGUUGCUGGGUAGGUGUUGGAGUUUAUGUCAUGGAUACUUCCAUGGUGGUUAUGUGUUUAGUAGUGGCCUGAGAAAGAGCUGAACUUACAACCAGAAGAUACCUGAAACAGGAGAUCUUAAAGCGUGUAACAUAAGUAAUUUACAGUAACUUAAAUAAAAGUGUGACAAGCAAAUAGAAUUUGGAUGUUCUUGAAAUCUUAGAGGUUGGGAGUCUGACCAAGGAGGAACACUCUAGACACAUUUGCAUUUUCUUCCUUGGGACUUCCCCCAGGCAAUGAUAGGUCUCCUUAUAACAGAGGAUCCCAACAGGUAAACUGGGAUAUGCUGGUAGCUCUCAAAGGUCUGGCUUUGCUGAAAAAUUUAUUUCAAAGCUCUUUGGGGAGAGGAAUGCAGCUUCACUCAGGGUCUUUGCUGCUAUCUACCCUCCAAUCUUAGAGCUUCAGGGAAAAGAUAAGUAGAGACUCGCUGUUACAAGGUUGGGAAUUCUGCUCAUAAUUAAUUUAUAGGAGGAUAGAUACAACACAGGUUUUAAUGGUUAAUUACAUUACAACCGACUUUUUAAAUAUAUAGACGUUUGAGCGGCGGAACUGUGGAGACAGAUUUGAUCUAUGUUUUGGCUGGACCCAUGGAAUAGUAAGCCAUAGAACAGAAGACUCUGAAAGCGCGAAGGGACCUUGGCAAUUAUCCAGUCCAGCCCCUUUAUUAACAUACGGGAAAAUAGUCCCUAAGAUGUUAAUCGGUUAACAUGUUGCCAUCAAGUCAUGUGUACCAGAGUAGAAAUGUGCUCCGUAGGUUUUCAGUGGCUGAUUUUGUGGAAGUAGAUUUCCAGGCCUUUCUUCCAAGGUGCCUGUGGGUGGACUUGAGCCUCCGUCCUUUCAGUCAGCAGCUGAGUACAUUAAGCAUUUGACUAAGACAGUGGUUAAUUUUGGAUUGAGGAAAUAGGGAUGAUUGUUAUUUUCUCCAUUGUUCCUUUUAUUUUUCAAAUAAGAAAACAGGAAAGUGAAUUGCUUAAUGUUCUGUAGUAAUUUACAGGCAGAACUUGUCUAGCUCUGAAAUCUGUUGACAUCCAUCCUUCUGCUUGUCCAAAUGGGAUUCUAACUAAGGCUAAAGUUGGGCUUCCAAAAAGAUCUUCUAUAAUACAAAUGUAACCAUUGCUGCUAAUUAGUCUUUACAGUUUACAACUUUAGAGUUUAAAACUUAACUUUAAGCAUUUAAGCAUUUCACAAUUUUCAGGACUUCAUCAAUGCUCUUUUUUGAAUAAAACAUAAAAUUAUUUUUGGGGGGAACGUUAAAAAUAAAAUGUCAGUUGUAAGCAAAUCUCUCAAAACCUACAUGGUUCUGUAGGGUUAAAACUGCCUGCUGAAGGAUAAUGUGAAAAUGGAACCUGUAUUUUGUUUUCUUAACCCACAUCCCACAUGGCCCAUCCACUUGAGGGAAAGAGAAACACUGCUAAUGAGGUGGUAAAAGCAGUUUGAAUGCCAUCGCCCGCACAGGCUCCUGUCUACAGCUUUUGUUCCUAUGGUCUCUUCAAUUAAUAUGACUCAGUCUGCUGUUUGGGCUCCACUUCCCCUGGGCAGAGAGCUGGCAGCAGCAGCUCUGUUGUGCCCGCCCAGCCAGUGUGACUCAGGGCGCACUCAGGGCCCUAUGGUCUAGCUGCCUCUCCUUUCCCCACUGCUGACCAAGUUCCCCUCUGCCACUCCAAGCUCUGAUAGCCCUGACCCUUCCCAGUUUACAGGGUGCUCUCAAAUCAAUAAAGGUGGUGUCUCCCACUCCUCGCUAAAAAAUAAAAAUGCUGUACAUGCAUCUUGAUAAACUGCCAAAGUGCUUUUGUCACCCACCUACUCAUCUGUGAAACUUGUAGUCUCCAGCAUAUGCAUGAUGCAUGGAAGGCCAAGUAAAGUUCAAAAUAUGUUCCUGUGAAAAACAAAAACAAAAGACAGGAAAAGCCUCCCAAACUUCUCUCCUCUCCUAGGUGCUUGUUCGAGCAAGAGCAUUAUAUACCUGAUGUUUUUAAGGGAGGGGUCAUCUGGGCCAGCCCACACUUGUGAACUGCUUUUCCUAUAAGAGUCAGCCAAGAUAGGAGCUUUAAUUUAUUGGGAUGGACUUUAUUCUGAACUCGAGGGGAUGGUAAAAUGUCCCAGCGUUUUCCAUAACAGGAACAACAAAAACCAUGGACUAAGAAGCAUGGGGUCUCCUUCUCCUAAGCCCAUUGAGAUCACAGUCACCUCAAGAAAAAUGAGAAGUGGAGAGCUUCGUGCUCAAAGUACUUACCAACCUAGUCUCAGCAUUCAAGGAGAAUUUAACUCCAAAAUAUCUAGUUAGAACCUGCAAUGAAAUAGGCAGUUUCCUGGGUGUUGCAAAUGGUUUUUGCUUGGCUGCUAACUGAAAGACUGGUGGUUCAAACCCACCCAGUGGCACUGUGGAAGAAAGUCCUGGCAAUCUGCUUCUGUAAAGAUCGCAGCCAAGAAAAUCUUGUGGAUCUCAGUUCUACUCUCUGAUAUGUGGGGUUGCCAUGAGUUGGAAUUGACUCAAUGGCAAUGAGUUAUAUCACGUUAUGAAAGAGGCCCAGAAGGUCUAUAGCAGAAAUUUGUGUGAGCUACACAAUGGCAACUGUUAACAUUGGAGGCUGUGCUCUAUCAGAUGCCCAAGACAAGUGCAGUGAGGCUGAUGGGGAGCUACCACACCAGGCCAGUGAGUUGCCUUAGCUUUGGGGAUGGCACACCUAGUCCAUGGAGUGCUUUUGCCAAACCAUCCUAGAUAGAGUGCUCAUUGCUUGUCAUCUACUAUAGGAUUUAUUCCCUCCUUCUCCUUUCUUCUCAUGGGAUAGGAAUGGCCUGGCUUGACCUAACUACUAUGUCCUCACAUGUUAACCUCUGAGACCAGUAAGCAGAGCCCUAACUCAUUCCAUCUCCUUGAUCUCAAUCUCUCUGUUACACACACACGUAUUCUCACCCACGCUUAUACUUUAAUCACCACAAUACAUCCCCAUCUCUAGCCUGUAGUGGUGGACCAAGACCAGCACUUGAACAAACGAAGCACUGUAGUGACAGGAUUGUGUUAAGGGGAGGUUCCUUAUGAGGAGUGAUUUCCCACUGCUCAGCUGCUGAAAGAUGAAUACUCCUUAAGUGACUUAGAACUGACUAUGGUUGACUUUAUAAGACCUUCCCCAAGAGCAAGAAAAACAUAGCAUAAGAAGGAAAAAAAAAUGCAGAAAACCAUUUGCUGCCAAGUCAAUUCCAAUUCAUGGUGACCCCAUGUGUAUCAGAGUAGAAUUGUGCUCUGUACAGUUUUCAAUGGAUGAUUUUUAGGAAGUAGAUCAUCAGGCCUUUCUUUGAGGCACCUCUGUGUGGAUUGGAACCUCCAACCGUUUGGUCCAACCGUUUGGUCAAUGCUUAAUGCACUGGCUGAGUGCAUUAAGCAUUUGCACCACCCAGGGACUUGCGUUAGAAGAAAAACUGGAAAAAAAAAAAACCAAACCCAUUGCUGUCAGGUUGAUUCUGACUCAUAGCGACCUUACAGGACAGAGUAGAACUGCUCUAAAGGGUUUCCAAGGAAAAGCUCAUGGAUUCCAACUGCUGACCUUUUGAUUAGCUCUUAACCACUGUGCCACCAGGGCUUCGUAAGAAGAAAAGGAGCUACAAUUGAAGAUGAAGCAAAAAAAGAAUAGUGUCAUACAGCCCAUUUAUCGUAAAUAGUACUCUUUUAGUUGCAGAUGAUAGAAAUCCAAAAGAGAGGAUUCCUUGGCUCACAUACUCAAACUAAGGGGAGAUCUGGAAGCUCUGAACUCUAGGACUAGAAACUUAGACAUUGCCAAGUGUCUCUGGACCUGCCUUUCUACCUCUCUGUCGUUCUCUCCGCUCUUUCUCGUUCCUCCAGUACGUUCUCUUCAUUUUUUAGAACAACUCCCGUAAAAAGUAGAGAACAUAGCUGCUAAUUUUGUCCAAGCUCUCAUCCUCCUAGCUUUAUCCACACAAGGAAAGAAUUUUUUUUUUAAGCUAAAGUUUUAAAAAUUCCAAGGAAGAACUCUGAUUGGUUAGGUUAAGAUCAUGCAUCCAUUUGUGGGCCAAUCCCCAUGGCCAGGAGAAUGGGGGUACUAUGUUUGCCUCAGCUUGGCUAAUAGGCCCUGUCCUGUGGUCCAUACUGGGGUGGGGAGGUAGGACAGGUGUCUACCACGUUGGGAAGCUUUCCCUAGAACUACAUAGUUGGCAUGGGAGGAGGAAUUGUUCCCACCAAGAAAGAGAAGUUCUCUGAAGAAGGGGAGCAAGUGUUGUAGGCAGACACAACAAAUGAGCUGAAAUAAAUUUGCGAGCUUUGGGCAUGUAGCAGUUUGUAAUGUGUGGCUACCAAGCGUGUGUGAGGGGUGACUGUUGGGAGGACUGUUAAACUUGAGAAGUGGAGGAUACUGGUGCCAUCUAAAGUGGUUGGAGAUCGGCAAUGUACAAUUAUGUCCUUGCUGAGAACUAAAUCAAACCCUGUGGAAGGAACAGGUAGCAAGGUCGUGAAUUAUACGUCAAAAGAUAGUUUACAUUCUGCUGUAUUGUUUGACAACAUUUAUUACGUGAAAGAGAUAACUGAGCUUGAUUUCCUGGUCAUAUUGACCUGUAGGAUUGAACAGAUCAAUUCACGUGGUGGUUCUUUAUUCCCGGGGCUUGAACUCAAUGUCAGUAUCAGUGACAGUUUUCCCACAGAAUCAUCCCUGAAUUUCAAAGAUGAUGUUUUUAUUUUGCAGUUUAUGUCUGUAGUUGAAAAACCACUUUGCCCUUUAGUCUUCAGUGAAUCAUGUUCUUAGAAUAAAUGACUUUUUGAUUUUGCCUCUUACAGUUUGCCCUUGCUCAAAGGGAGUCUUAACACUAAAUACUUCGCUGGCAUGGGUAUAAAUCUAUACUGCUAUGAGAGUCUGAAUAAUGGUAACCCAAAGAUGUCCACAUUCUAAUCCCAGAACCUGUGAAUAUGUCACCUUACAUGGCAAAAGGGACUUUGCAGAUGUGAUUAAGUUAUGGAUCUUGGUUUGGGGAGAUUAUCCUGGAUUAUCAGGGUGGGCCAGUGUUAUAAGGGUCCUUAUAAGAGGGAGGCAGGAGGCUCAGAGUCAGAGAAGGUGGUUAUGAAGAUAGGAGGAAACGUGACAAGGAAGUGGAGGUCAGAGAGAUAGAAAGAGAUUUGAAGAUGCUACUCUGCCGGCUUUGAAGAUGGAGAAAGGGACCAUGGCAGUCUCUAGGAAUGCAGGCAGUCUCUAGAAGCCACGAGAAGGAACACAGUCCUGCUGACACCUUAAUUUUAGGACUUCUGAUCUCCAGAUAAUAAAUUUGUGCUGUUUUAAGCCACUAAAUCUAUGGUAAUUUGUUAGCAACGGUAGGAAACUAAUACAACUAUCCUCUGGAAAGAAACUUAGCAAAUUGUAUCAAGAGAGCAUAUGCCUGCUGACUCACUAAUUCUACUUCUAGGACUCUCUCCCGAUGAAAUAAUCAGAUAUUCAGAAAUAUACUAAAAAAAAUGUGUAUUAAAAUGUUCAUUACAGUGUUUUCUAUAAUACUACAAAAUCUUAGAACCACCUGAUGGCUCUACUGUUGGCUUUAUCUUUAAUUUACUACAGUUACAACAUUUUUCAAGUAAGAAAAAAAGACCCAGUUAAUGAUGACCAUCCUCUAGGUUUGCAAUGAGUUGGAAUUGACUCGACAGCAAUGGGUCUGGUUUUUUCUUUUUAUCUCCCUUUAUGAUAUGGCUUCCAAGAGUGUGUUGUGAUCCGAAGUGGGGAUGGCCGGCACUAGAAAAUGACUGUGAUGACAGCAUUGCUGUCAACCUCCUGAUUCAACGGAUGCUCGCUGAGUGUGCUGAGUACUGGACCAGAGCUGGGGUUACAGAGGCAAAGAGCAUAUAGUGAGACUAUGGGAAGCCGAAGGAGUCAGGCCAGGGAGACCGUUAUCCACACAAGACUUCUCAGAAAAGGUGAUAUUCCCGUUAAAACCUAAUCAGUAGAAGUGAACCACAGCUGAAAAGCCAAUUCACGGUGUGCAGUCCUUUCCAUUCUGUGCACAUGUAGCUGGAGUGGAGAGGAAAAUAGGACCAGCCGCUCACUGGGCCUUCUAAAGGGUCUGCAGCCUGAAGCAGGACUAGCUAUCCUAUGAAAAAGCUACGAACAAUAGUAAAAAACUGGAAACAACCCAAAUUUCCUUCAGUGAGUGACUGGUGUACUACUCAGCAAUAAAAAGGAAUGACCUACAGAUACAUGCAACAACCCAAUGGCUCUCACCAGCAUUGUGCUUUGUGAAGACAGUCUAUCUCAAAAGGUUACAUUCUGUGUGGUCCCAUUUAUUUAACAUUCUUAAAAAGGUAAAACUAUAGAGAUAGAGAACAAAAUAGUGGUUGCAUGAUUUGGGGGGUCAGUGUGACUAUAAAGUAGUAGUACAGGGAGUUCUUUUACGGCGAUGGAACAAUCUGUAUCUUGAUUGUGGUAGUGGUUACCUGAAGCUAUGCAUGGGAGAGAAUUGCAUAGUACUACACACACACGCACACACACACACACACACACACACAAAUAAAUUAAUUUAAAAUGGUGAAAAUGAAAUAGCCUGUAGCCUAGUUAGCAGUAUUGUAUCAAUGCCAGUUUCCUGGCUUUGAUAUUAUACUAAACCCAUUGCCGUCGAGUCAAUUCCAACUCAUAGUGACCCUAAAGGACAAAGUAAAACUGCCCAAAUAGGGUUUUCAAAGGCUGUAAUCUUUAUGGAAGCAGACUGCCACAUCUUUCUUUCGCAGAUCAGCUGGUGGGUUUGAACUGCCAAGCUUUCUGUUAGCAGCCGAGCGUUUAACCACUGCACCACCGGGGCUCCUUGAUAUUAUACUUCAGGUAUAUAAAUAUAAGGCGCUCUGGUGGUGCAGUGGCUGAAGUGGUUGGCUGCUAACUGAAAGGUAGGCAAUUGGAAUCCACCAGCUGCUUUGUGGGAGAAAGAUGUGGCAGUCUGCUUCCAUAAAGGUUACAGCCUUGGAAACACUACAGGGUGGUUCUACUCUGUCCUGUAGGAUCACUGUGGGUCAGAAUCAACUUCAUGACAAUGGGUUUGGUUUUUUUAGGUUUUGGGUGGCACAAUGGUUAAGUGCGCAUCUGCUAACUGAAAGAUCGGUGGUUUGAACCCACCGGUUGCUCUGCGGGAUAAAGAUGUGGCAGUCUGCUCCCAUAAAGAUUACAGUCUUGGAAACCCUAUAGCACAGUUCUACUCUGGCCUAUAGGGUUGCUAUGAGUCGAAAUCCACUUGAUGGCAAUGGGUACAUAAAUACGUCACCAUGGGAGAGGCUGGAUCAAGGGUACACAGGACUCUGUGCUAUUUUUUGCAACUUCCUAGGAGUCUACCAUUAAAAAGUUUGAAGAAAAAAAAAAAAAAACCUAUGGACUAAAAUUCCUCUGCCUGAGGAAACGUGUAUCCCCAAGAAUUUUAUCAUCCCUCCAAAUGGUUACAGGGCAUUUGUUGUAGAAAUACCUCAUGGUCCCCAUCACUUCCCAGAAGUCUGCCUGUGGCCACAUAGGAAAGAGAGAUGAUGCUAGCAACUGAAAACAGAGGAGAGUGGGAAACUCAACUCCUCCCAGAUCUCCAGUGCACUGGGCCACCCUGUGCCUGACUCUCCCUCCACAGCUGCUGGGGCAUCAUUUCCUAACCAACCCAUCUGUGACGGGUCUCGGCUGUGCUGUAAAACACCCUGAUAUGCGUUGUGAGAGCCUGGCUUUCCUCUCUUUUCUUUGCCAACUCUCCAUCAAGGGCGGGAGACGGCCAAUAAAUAUGCUGGAGAGAGAAGAAGCCCCUUUUGGAAAGAUUUAGAUGGAGUGAAUGAGGUUUGUGUUAUGUAAGUAGCUAUUUGAGUCAUAUAAAGCUAAGAUUAAAUGAGAUAACUGAGAAAGUAGUCUGCUAUCAUAGAAAAAGCAAAGGCGUUGGAAUUAUAUCUGCAUUUGUUCAGUUAUUCAUUCAGUAGGUCUUUAUCAAGUGUGUAAUUUGUGCCAGGCAUAGCUUUCCCCACUGAGUAUACAGGAUAAAAAUGGUCUUGGAUCUUAUAAAAUAUGAAGGUCUUUGUCUUUCAACAGGCAAUUAAAGCUUUUAUGUUUAUUAAGAUUACUAAUAUAUUUGGUACAUUUCUACUAUACUAUUUAUAUUUUAUAUUUGCCACGCUUUUUCUUUGUCUUUCUUCUACUUUAUUGCCUUUCAUUGGAUUGAUUAUGUGUUUUUUUUUAAUUUCCCCCUUUUCCUUCUACUGAUUUAUAAAUUAUAUAUUAUAUUCUCUAUUAUUUUAAAAGUUAUGUUAAUUUUUAACACCUUUAUUUGAAUUCAGAGCCUAACAUAAGUCAAUAUCAUUAUAUUCCUCCCCAAAAUCAAGGACUUUAUAACACUUUGACUCUAAUCUUUCUCCUCUCAUCUUUUAAGCUAUUGUCAACUAGUAUUUUAGUUUUAAAUUCCUUGCAAAAUUCCCCCUCCCCAGUUUAGCAAUUAGGAUUAUUACCUUGGAAUUCCCAGACCUUUUUUCUCUGUUUAAAAUGUUACAAAUACACGGAAACCUGUGAGAUCUGGAACUCGAUGGGACUGCCUUAUUUUUCUGGGUCUCUUAACAUUUCCGCCUUUGAUAGGGUGCAGUCUUACCAUUUCCUUAAUCACAUGUUUAGUUUCCUUCUCUGAUAGGUUUCUGCCUUACACAGAUUCUGGCUUUCACAGAUUUUACUGUAUAUGUUUUAUUGUCUUUGCAGUAGUCUACUAACUCCAGCUUGAUUUUCUAAUCUAUAAUUUGCAUCCGUUGACCCUUCCUCAUGGUCAUUUGUUUGCUUGUGUGAUUUGUAACUUUAAAUUAUAAUUUCAAACUGUGAGUGUGUGUGUGUGUGUGUGUGUGUAAGAGACAGACGGAUAGACAGAGAGAUAUUUCCAUGUGUUUUUGGUUGUGGAAAUGUCCUAUUGAGGGGAAUCUGUCCUACAGAGUUUUGCUUAUUCCUCUGCUUGAGCAAUUUGUCACACUUCCUGGAUUUGUUGUCACUUUAAUUACUUGAAUUAGAAUUCCACCUGCACGUAAGUGGAACGGCAUAGGCAUUGGUUUUUAAUUUCUCUCUCUUUUUUUUAGACUGGGUCCCAAGCUUCCUCCCCUCCCUGGGCUAGUUAGCAGGACAAUUUUUCUAGAGUCCAUCUCAUAAGCAGGGCAGUUGCUCUCAGUUUUCAGUCCCUGAGUCACCAAAAUCUGAAGCCUGAUUAUACCACCUGCAUGAAUUUUAAGUUCCUUUCACACCCCUGUGGCCACGACAGUUUUAUGCUGUGGAUUUAUGUCCCCUCUAUUGACACCUGGGAAUUUCAAGCUUUCAAGCUUGGGUAUGAUUAAGAAUUUUUGUUGUUGUUGCAUUUUAUCCAGCAAUUUUUAUGCAUUUGGAGUGGAAGGAGCCCAAUUUACAUUGAAAAUUGUAUAUUCAUACAUUCUUACAUUGUUCUAAGACAGUUGACUAAGGGCAACUGGACCCAGUUAGCUGUCAGGAAAGAAGGGAGAUGUCAUAAAGACCAGAGGCCAGCCAGUUGUUGUUAUGUGCUAUUGAGUCAAUUUUAAUUCAUAGCGAUCCUGUAGGACAGAGUAGAACUGCCCCAUCGGGUUUCCUAGGCUGUCAUCUUUAGAAGCAGAUCACCAGGUCUUUUCUCCAGUAGAGCAGCUGAUGGAUUCAAACCACCUACCUUCCAUCUAGCAGCUGAGCACUUAACCAUUGCACAACUAGGACUACUGAAGACAGCCUAAGGAGUGUUUAAUUACAAGGGGUGGGAAUUGUCACCAGAGCUAUCCUUCCUCCCUCAGUGACUCUAAGAGCCCUGUCUGGGCUGUGAACUAACUUUCUUCCUGUCCAGUUAGCAGCUGCAGCCCAAGCCAUGGAGCUCAAAACCAAACCAAACCUAUUGCCAUUGAGUUGACUCAAAGGCAACUGUUUAUUAUUCUCUAAAUAGAAGGUUUUAGUCUUUAAAACAGCCAGGGGAGUGAUGAAGGAAAGGUAGGUAGAAUUUGGCUUUUUGACCUCCUGGAUGCCAAGACUCUUAUAUGUAAAAUUAGGAUGCAUACUGGGGCCCCAGUGGCACAGUGUUAAGUGUUCGGCGGCUGACUGAAAGGUCGGCAGUUCUAACCCACUAGCUGCUCUGAGGGAGAAAGAUAUGGCAGUCUGCUUCCAUAAAGAGUUUCCAAGGAGUGCCUGGUGGAUUUGAACUGUUGACCUUUUGGUUAGCAGCUAUAGCACCUAACCACGUGCAGUUUCCGCAUGAAGAUUACAGCCUUAGAAACCCUAUGGGGCAGCUCUACUCUGUCCUAUAGGGUUGCUGUGAGUCAGAAUAGACUCAACAGCAAUGGAUUUGGGGUUUUUUUUGGUGCUCAGGAUACUAGAAGGGCCCUUCUUGCUUUGGUAUUCAAGGUGGUCUCCCAAGAGGAAAUGGGUAUUGCUGUGGUCCCAGCUACCUUGCAUGUCCAGUAACCUCAUUAUCAACAGUCCCUUGGGCCUCUAUACCCAGAUUUACAGGGCUUUGGAGCUGGCCAGCCUCCCUGCCUGCCCCCACCCCCUCCUCUUUACUGAUAACCCUGCAGAACCAAACACCCUCCCUCAGGAAUUAUGCUCAUUCUCAGAUUCAUCUUUGCAGCCAACUCUGCUCAGUUGUGCCAAGAAAAUUCAGUCUCCCUGUUAUGAAAUGAAGAGCUGAAUGUGCUCCCAUUUGGUGUUCACUAACCUGGCUGGGUCUGGGCGGCAGGAGGGUGAGGCCCUGUGCUCAUUGUGGAGCUUCCUUUUAUGGACAAGAGUUGCUGACCAAUCACUCUCGCCGAACUUUCCUAAUCCAGGUCUGGCCCUGAGCCUCCUAGUUCCGCUGAUCCAGUUAGUCACCCUAGGGGCAGGGCCAGGAGUUGAAAAGUUACAGCCUCUGGCAGUGCCAGCAGCCUGCACUUCCCGGGGCCUCCCAGUUCUCCCCUCCCCUUUCCCGCCUGCCCCUGGACCAACCUGCUCUGUCCUUUCUACUUCCUGGGUGUGAUUCACCCAGCAGCUCCCUCUGGCAUGACAGGACUCUACGGCAAUGUGCUGGUCCUAGCUGCUGUCUGAGAGGAUGUCUGGGGUGUCCGAGCCCCUGAGCCGAGUGAAGGUGGGCACGUUGCGCCGGCCUGAAGGCCCCCCAGAGCCCAUGGUGGUGGUGCCCAUAGAUGUGGAAAAGGAAGAUGUGCGGAUCCUCAAGGUCUGCUUCUAUAGUAACAGCUUCAACCCCGGGAAGAACUUCAAACUGGUCAAAUGCACCAUACAGACGGAGAUCCAGGAGAUCAUCACCUCCAUCCUGCUGAGUGGGCGAAUUGGGCCCAACAUCCAGCUGGCUGAGUGCUAUGGGCUGAGGCUGAAACACAUGAAGUCAGAUGAGAUCCACUGGUUGCAUCCGCAGAUGACGGUGGGUGAGGUGCAGGACAAGUACGAGCGUCUACACGUGGAGGCCGAGUGGAGGUAUGACCUUCAAAUCCGCUACUUGCCAGAGGACUUCAUGGAGAGCCUGAAAGAAGACAGGACAACGCUGCUUUAUUUUUACCAACAGCUCAGGAAUGACUACAUGCAACGCUACGCCAGCAAGGUCAGCGAGGGCAUGGCUCUGCAGCUGGGCUGUCUGGAGCUCAGGCGAUUCUUCAAGGAUAUGCCCCACAAUGCACUUGAUAAAAAGUCCAACUUUGAGCUCCUGGAGAAGGAAGUGGGGCUGGACCUAUUUUUCCCAAGGCAGAUGCAGGAGAACUUAAAGCCUAAACAGUUCCGGAAGAUGAUCCAGCAGACGUUCCAGCAGUAUGCGUCGCUGAAGGAGGAGGAGUGCAUCAUGAAGUUCUUCAAUACCCUCGCAGGCUUUGCCAACAUCGACCAGGAGACCUACCGCUGUGAACUCAUUCAAGGAUGGAAUAUUACUGUGGACCUGGUCAUUGGACCUAAAGGCAUCCGCCAGUUGACAAGUCAAGAUGCAAAGCCCACCUGCCUGGCUGAGUUCAAGCAGGUCAGGUCCAUCCGGUGCCUCCCGCUGGAGGAGGGACAGGCCGUGCUGCAGCUGGGCAUUGAAGGCGCCCCCCAGUCCUUGUCCAUCAAAACCUCCUCUCUGGCAGAAGCUGAGAACAUGGCUGACCUUGUCGAUGGUUACUGCCGGUUGCAGGGGGAGCACAAAGGCUCUCUCAUCGUUCACCCCAGGAAAGAUGGUGAGAAGCGGAACAGCCUGCCCCAGAUCCCUGUGCUAAACCUGGAGGAUCGACGAUCUCACUUCUCAGAAAGCUGCAGCAUAGAGUCAGACAUCUAUGCAGAGAUCCCUGAUGAGACCUUGAGAAGGCCUGGAGGUCCACAGUAUGGCGUCACCCGGGAAAAUGUGAUUCUGGGUCGCAUUCUUGGCGAAGGCUUUUUUGGGGAGGUAUACGAAGGUGUCUACCAGAACCAUAAGGGGGAGCAAAUCAAUGUCGCUAUAAAGACCUGCAAGAAAGAUUGCACUCUGGACAACAAGGAGAAGUUCAUGAGUGAGGCAGUGAUCAUGAAGAAUCUCGACCACCCACACAUCGUGAAGCUGAUCGGCAUCAUUGAGGAGGAGCCCAUCUGGAUCAUCAUGGAAUUGUAUCCCUAUGGAGAGCUGGGCCACUACCUGGAGAGAAACAAGAACUCCCUGAAGGUGCUCACCCUUGUCCUGUACUCGCUGCAGAUAUGCAAGGCCAUGGCCUACCUGGAAAGCAUCAACUGUGUCCACAGGGACAUCGCUGUCCGAAAUAUCCUGGUGGCCUCGCCUGAGUGUGUAAAGCUGGGAGACUUUGGCCUUUCCCGGUACAUUGAGGAUGAGGAGUAUUAUAAAGCUUCUGUGACUCGUCUUCCCAUCAAGUGGAUGUCUCCUGAGUCCAUUAACUUCCGCCGCUUCACGACAGCCAGUGACGUCUGGAUGUUUGCUGUGUGCAUGUGGGAGAUCCUGAGCUUCGGGAAGCAGCCUUUCUUCUGGCUGGAAAACAAGGAUGUCAUUGAAGUGCUGGAGAAAGGGGACCGGCUGCCCAAACCUGACCUCUGCCCACCUGUCCUUUACACACUCAUGACCCGCUGCUGGGACUAUGACCCCAGUGACCGGCCUCGCUUCACUGAGCUUGUGUGUAGCCUCAGUGACAUUUACCAGAUGGAGAAGGACAUUGCUAUAGAGCAGGAGAGAAAUGCUCGCUACCGAGCCCCCAAAAUCUUGGAGCCCACAGCCUUCCAGGACCCCCCACCCAAGCCCAGCCGGCCCAAGUACAGACCCCCUCCACAAACCAACCUUCUGGCUCCCAAACUGCAAUUCCAGGUACCCGAGGGUCUGUGUGCCAGCUCACCUACGCUCACCAGCCCUAUGGAGUAUCCAUCUCCUGUAAACUCGCUGCACACCCCACCUCUUCACCGGCACAAUGUCUUCAAGCGCCACAGCAUGCGGGAGGAGGACCUCAUCCGACCCAGCAGCCGCGAAGAGGCCCAGCAGCUAUGGGAGGCCGAGAGGGUCAAGAUGCGGCAGAUGCUGGACAAGCAGCAGAAGCAGAUGGCGGAAGAUUACAAGUGGCUGAGGCAGGAGGAGAGAUCCCUGGACCCCAUGGUUUACAUGAAUGAUAAGUCCCCACUGAGCCCAGAGAAGGAGGCUGGCUACACGGAGUUCACAGGGCCUCCACAGAAGCCACCGCGGCUAGGCGCACAGUCCAUCCAGCCCACAGCUAACCUGGACAGGACUGAUGACCUGGUGUACCUCAACGUCAUGGAGCUGGUGCGAGCUGUGCUAGACCUCAAGAACGAGCUCUGUCAGCUGCCUCCCGAGGGCUAUGUGGUCGUGGUGAAGAAUGUUGGGCUCACGCUGCGGAAGCUCAUCGGGAGUGUGGACGAUCUCCUGCCUUCCUUGCCACCAUCUUCACGAACAGAGAUUGAGGGGACCCAGAAACUGCUGAACAAGGACCUCGCAGAGCUCAUCAACAAGAUGCGGCUGGCCCAGCAGAACGCAGUGACCUCCCUGAGUGAGGAGUGUAAGCGGCAGAUGCUCACAGCCUCCCACACCCUGGCUGUGGAUGCCAAGAACCUGCUCGAUGCUGUGGACCAGGCCAAGGUUCUGGCCAACCUGGCUCACCCACCUGCAGAGUGAUGGAGGGUGCUACCCUGCUUGCAUCAUCCACCCCACCUGGUGUCAUGUACCCCACCCCCCAGCCCUUGCCUUGCUUUCGAUCACGUGGGUCUUCUCAGGGGGAAGGCCUAGGGGAGCUCUUCCCUUGCCAUUUUGCACGACCCCCUUUCCCCACCCCCACCCAUGCUCAGGCUGCAGCUGGACACAGGAGACCCUGGGCUGUGGAUGCUGGGGGAUGGCAGAGAGGGCUCGGAGGAAGAACUGCAGCUGCACGGCCACUCCCUCCUCACACCUGCCUGGCCCAGAGCAUGGGUGCCUUGUUGGAUGUCACCAUGGAGCCAGGAGCAGCAGCAUGGACAUGGCAGGAAGACUUGGGAACCAAGCUAUUCUCCUUCCUCUUUGGCCCCCAGAGGACUCCUACUGUACAGAGGGGCUGCAGAGGGGCUUUUUUGAGAGGCAGUUGCUGGUGAGGCAAGGGAUGAACUUGGCUUUUGUGUACAGUGUACAUUGGAAUUUAUUUAAUGUAAGUCCGUCUGGACUGACAGCUGUGUGCCCUCCUGAGGGAGGACCUGGGAGAUGGUCCAGGAACAAGCUAAUUGGGAGUCUAGGCACAGGACACUGUGUUAUAUCAACAAACCACAAACUGGGAAGACUAGGAAGAGACAGAGGCCAAAACAAAAUUUCAAGCCACAUCUGCCUCUCUUCCUCUCUCCCUCUUUUCUCUUUCUUCCUUUACUUUCUCCACCCCUCCCCUCCCUUCUUUUUCCCUCUUUUCUUACUCGUUCUCCUUUUUUCUCCUCCACUCCUUUCCUUUCUCUUGCGUGUGUGUAGAACACUCUUUUACCUCCUUUCUAUUUGACUUGUGGUUGAAUUAAAAUUGUAUAAUUU